AUGGCGAGGAGUCGUCAAAUGUCCGCGGCCAACCGCGAUGCCGGCCGCAACGAAAGGGAGCUUCCACCAUUUCCCACAAAGCAGAUGUUUGUUCUAGCCUGCUGCAGAAUAUGCGAGCCUAUUGCUUUCAUGUCCAUCUUUCCUUACAUCUACUACAUGAUCCAGGACUUCAACAUCACCGAUGAUUCCAGCAAGAUUUCAGUCUACGCUGGCAUGGUCACUUCCGCUUUUACAUUGGCAGAGUUCUCAACCGGAGUUCUUUGGGGACGACUCAGUGACAAGAUUGGCCGCAAGCCAGUGCUACUUUUCGGUCUGCUCGGAACUGCUAUCAGUGUCUUGGCUUUUGGUUUCGCUCCCAACUUGCCUGUUGCGCUCUUUGCGCGUGCUCUGGGCGGUCUUCUCAACGGAAACAUUGGAGUGCUCCAGACAACUGUAGCUGAGCUAGUGACUGUCAAGGAACAACAACCACGUGCUUACACUAUCAUGCCUAUGGUCUGGUGCAUUGGAUCGAUCGUUGGACCUAUGAUUGGAGGAGCAUUGGCACGACCAUGCAUCAGCUACCCCGAGAUCUUCGCCCGUGGAACCAUCUGGGACCGAUACCCCUACCUUCUCCCCAACCUCUUCAGCGCCGCCACUGUUUUCGUUGGAGUCAUUAUCGGACUUCUUUUCCUUGACGAAACCCACUCCGAGAAGAAGAACCAGAGAGAUCGUGGUCGAGAGCUUGGAGAUUACAUUGCCAGCUGGUUCGGUGGUGUUGCCAAGUGCAAUGGACGAGGUCGCUCUCCCGAGAAGCAGGCUCUCCUCGAUGGAAAGCACCACGUCCAAUAUCUCUCGAACGGCACCCGCCCUAGCUCUGCGCACUCUGACGACGAGGCUCUUCCUGCUUACCGAAGCCAAGAGAACUCACCUCGACUCGCUCCCCAGGCCGAUACACGAUCAUUGAAUGCAGCCCCUUUGGAGCCCGUCCUCGAGCGAAAGACCAAGACUUUCACCAAGCCUGUCAUUAUGAACAUCAUUUCCUACGGCAUUCUUGCCUUCCACACCAUGACUUUUGACCAGCUUUUCCCCGUCUUCCUCAGCACCAAGCGACUCGAGCACCCCGUACACGACCUUCCCUUCAAGUUCACUGAUGGAUUUGGCCUUGAGACUAAGAUGAUCGGUGUCAUCAUGUCCGUCCAGGGAUUGUACUCGCUCUUGUCCAACUACCUCAUCGUCCCUCCGGUUACUCGACGACUUGGGUCUCUGCGACUCUUCCGAAUUCUUGCAUUCUCGUACUUUGCGCUCUACCUGGUCACACCUUACCUUGUUCUGCUUCCCGACUCGAUGAGAAUGCCGGCUAUCUACCUUCUUGUCAUCUGGAAGUGCACUUUCUCCACCAUGGCUUACCCCAGCAACGCGAUUUUGUUGGCCAACUCGGCACCAUCCAAGCAGGUCCUCGGUACCAUCAAUGGAAUUGCGGCAUCGACUGCCAGCUUGUGUCGCGCUCUGGGCCCAACCCUGUCUGGACUACUCUACUCUUGGGGUCUCCAGACUGGUUAUUCGGGACUUGCAUGGUGGUUCACCGGACUUGUCACCAUCGCUGGAGCAUACCUUAGCUCCCAAAUCACCGAAGGUGGUCCUCGGGAUGAGCCAAUGCGCCCUGAAGAGGAUCCUCUUCUAGACGAUACUCUUUUCACCGACUAUGACGAAGAGAACAGCGUUUAA